AAUUCUCUAUGAAGUGUGUGUGUGUGUGUGUGUGUGUUUACAAUGGGUUCUGGUGUUUGAUCAGAUCCUCCUUUUCCAGAAACACGACCCUUUAGACCUCAGAAGACCUUAUAAUGGAAUCAGCAGAGGUUGGACUGUGUUCUUCUAAAACACCUCCAUGCACUCCUGGUCCUGCUGGCUCACAGCUUUGUGGGGACGUGCAGACAGAAACUUGUCAGGCUUCAGGUGGAGCCUCUGUGGAACACAUCACCCCUGUGGACCUUCAGAAGAAUGUAAAGAAGGAAGAAAGUGAAGAUGAAGACUACCUCUGUGAAGCUCUGUCAGGCUCUGUGGGACACAUCACACCUGUGGACCAACAGAAUCAAGUAAAAAAGGAAGAAUUUAAAGAAGAAGAGACGUUCUGUGGUGGAACAUCAAACUCUGUGGAAAAUGUCGACAAACAGAAUAGAGGAUUUGAAAUAAAGCAUGUAAAAAAGGAAGAGUCUGAAGAUGAAGACAACCCCUGUACAACAACAGACUGUGAAGUGAAUGAGGGCCGGAUACCACUCUUCUCCUGCUCCUGGUGUUCACUUUCCUAUACGUCUUCAAUUGACCUCCACAAACACAUCAGAAGAUGCCACUGUGAGGAACAUGAGAGACUGCUACAGUCGGGAGAGUUAAAAGACAAGAACCAUAUCACUACCAUAAGCUCCAGUAUUCAGGAAACAGCCUCUGUUACACUCAACAGUAACACCUCUAAUAACCAAGUGCAGAAAGAAGUCUAUCCCUGCUCACAGUGUGGGAAGAGUUUUACCCAACGCUAUAAUCUCCACCUACACCAGCGCAUUCACACAGGAGAAAAGCUGCAUCCCUGCUUAGAGUGUGACAAAAUAUUUUUAAAGCGUCACGAUCUUCAGCGACAUCAACGCAUUCACACAGGAGAAAAACCGUAUCAGUGCUCACAGUGUGGGAAGAGUUUUACAGAAAAGGGUAAUCUCAAAGUACAUCAGCGCAUUCACACUGAAGAGAAACUGUAUAAGUGCUCAGAGUGUGGAAAGAGUUUUCUUCGACAGGGUAAUCUCCAACUACAUCAGCGCAUUCACACAGGAGAAGACCUGUAUGCCUGCUUAGAGUGUGACAAAAGUUUUUUAAAGCGCAAUGAUCUUCAGCGACAUCAACGAAUUCAUGCAAGAGAAAAGGUCUAUCAGUGCUCACAGUGUGGAAAGAGUUUUAAUCGACUGUGGAGUCUUCAGUAUCACCAACACAUUCAUUCAGAAGAGAAGCCUUAUCAGUGCUCACAGUGUGGAAAAAGAUUUAAAGAAAAAUGUCACCUAAAAGUACAUCAGCGCAUUCACAGUGGAGAGAAGCCAUAUCAGUGUUCACACUGCGGGCAAAGUUUUAAACAACAAGGCCAUCUCAGUACACACUUGGAUAUUCACACAGGUAACAAGCCAUAUCAGUGCACACAGUGUGGAAAGACGUUUAUAGCAAAAAGUAGACUAAAAUUACAUCAGCGUAUUCACAGUGGAGAAAAGCCGUAUCCUUGUGCAGAGUGUGGGAAGAGUUUUAAACAGCCAUGUCAUCUCAAAAUACACUUGCGUAUUCACACAGGAGAGAAGCCGUAUCAGUGCUCAGAGUGUGGGAAGAUGUUUACAGUGAAAAGUAGUCUAAAAGCACAUCAGCGCAUUCACAGUGGAGAGAAGCCGUAUCAGUGCUCAGAGUGUGGGAAGAUGUUUACGGAAAACGGUAGUCUAAAGUUACACCAGCGCAUUCACACUGGAGAGAAGCCAUAUAAUUGCACUGAGUGUAUGAGGAGUUUUUAUACACAAGGUGAUCUCAGAAAACAUUUGCACGUUCACACAGAAGACAAGCCGUAUCACUGCUCACAGUGUGGGAAGAUGUUUAAACAUAAAGGUAGUCUAAUAGUACAUCAGCGCAUACACAGUGGAGAAAAGCCAUAUCAAUGUACAGAGUGUAAAAAGAGUUUUAAACAGCCAUCUUCUCUCAGAAAACACUUGCGUAUUCACACAAAGCCAUAUAAGUGCUCACAAUGUGAGAAGAGGUUUAAUCACAAGAGACGUCUUGUGCAGCACCAAAAUACAUGCAAAUGCAAUUAAAAACCAGCAUGGGAUAUGUCAUCUGAUCUUUCUCCAAAUAUAAAAUAAAAAAGAAAAAACACAAUUGAAUGAACUAACCUUUAACAAGCACAAUGAUUUGGUAUUAUUAUAAGGUAAUAUAUUUGAAGGUAUUUGGAUUAAUAUAUUUCCUGUGAGUUUUUGCUGGAAAUAUUUAUUGUUUCUGUAUCUAGAAAAGUUUAUUAUGAGAAAUUCCAACCUUUUAAAUCUGCAUUGCUGCCAAGUGACAGACCAGACUAUAUAUAUUUUUGAGUAUUUUAAACAUGUGAAACUAUAACCUACACCGAUCAGUCGCAACACCCCGUACCAUAAAAUUUGGAGACACUUCUUUGGGGGAUUUGGCCGCAGUACACCAUCACAUUGAAUUUAACACCAAACACUCAUGAUGUGACCAAAGGACUUCCCACAUAACUUCAAGGGGUUUCACAGAACUGUGGCAAUAACCAUUGAGAAAUUACAGCCAUUUUCUUGGACAAACACAGACGAUUUAGGGGGCUCAUAAAUAAAGGAACAAACUAGUAUAAUUACAAGCGUAAGGAUUUGGAUGAAGAUUCUUUGCAGUCAGUGACCGCCUAAAAUCUGGAACCCAUGGACAUUGCCAAAUGCUGAAUUUGCUCCCUUAAGAUGCUUUGACAGACCUUUACUGCAGCUGCCUUUAGCUGCUGCUUGUUUGUGAGUCUUUCUGCUUCUAGUUUGUCUUCAUUAAGUAAAGUUUGCCCUGGGUAGCUUUCACUGUGUGUUUUGCAUCAAUAUCCUUAUGCAUUUGCAAUAAGUGAUGUUCUAUCUGUUUUUAGCACCAUUUGGCUAAAUCCAAGUAGAGUAUAGCUCUAUAUACUUUAGAAUUCAACCUGCUACUUUAAUCAUCAGUCAUAAAUACAUACCAGUAACCAGUUCCAUUAUCAGCCAUACACGCUUAGCCAUUUGUUCCAUUAUUUAUGUGCAUCCAAAAUAGAGUGGUGUUUGUAAUUCCAUAUUUAUUAAUGACACACUUUUGUCAAGCUGUUGAAUUAAAGAUUCAAGAAGUGUUGACUUUUGCUCAAAUCUUAAAUGUUUUAUUUCACAUUAUGUAUAGAUGUGUACAGAAGCCAAAUGUGAAAUAUAUAUCGGUUCCAAAAACUAACUAGAUCCUAAUCCAAUUGAACAACAAUGGGAUGUGCCAGACAAACAAGUUAAAGCCACAGCACUCAAAAUUUCCACCCCAUAACCCAAAGGAUUUCCUGCCAGGCAUCACAGCACAUAUAACAUUCAUGUUAUUUUUUAAUAUUGUGGUUGAUCAGUGUUGGUCAGUAUACUAGGUAAAAUUGUAUCAAUUGAUUGUAAAAGUUCUCCUACUGAGACUGGUGCAAGAUCAAAUGUUUAUCAAUUAGAUUGAGGUAAAAGGAAAGUCGACAAGAGUGCAUUGAGGUCGGCCAGGGUGGAGGCCUGUCUACUGGAAACUUUGAUCAAAUCUCAUGUGGACAUACUCUCAUGCAGCCCUUAAUUAAAACCUUCGGAGAAAACCUUUUCUAAUGUGGAUUUUUUAAAUCUAUUUUUUCAUAAGUAUUUGUUAAUGAAAACAUGAUUUUUUUGUAUGUUUUUUGUUUUGUUUUGUGACUCAUAAUGUACAUGUGUCUGUUCCUUGCGUCAGGAUGUUUUGUCUUUGCUCAUAUUUGUCUCCUAGCUUUGGGCAUGUGGGAAUGUGUCCUUUUAAAUUAACACUAAAGCAUAAAAGCUUUUGUUUUGUUCAGUUAAA